GGAAUUUCUGUUUUCUGCUCUGGAGGCCCAGGCUCAAGACAAAUUAUAAGUAGGAAACCAAUUUGAAGGAAAGGAUUUAGAAAGGAGUUAAGGUGUCAGGGCCCGAGAGAGACCAGCAGCCCCCUCUGAAGUCUGUAUGCUCCUGACACACUCAUGUGCUUGUUUUAGGGGAAGGGGCUGCUUGAUUUUUCACCAACAGCAAACACAGGUAGGAGAUGGAACAGGUUCUCUCCAGAACAGGCCAUCAGGGGGAGGAGAAAUGAUGGCAAGCGGAGUAUGCUCUUGGUAUGUUUAAUUGCUUAAAGCUUUUAAGUUAUCUCUUCAAGACCCCAAAAAAAGCCACAAAGGGGUCCUUUUCAUUGAUUAAGAGGGCUUUUACUGACACCCAGGAUGAAGUGACCCUAUUACUAAUCAAGUGAAGAGGACACCGAGUAUGCCCCCAUUUAUAAUCCUUUCCCAGUUCCUUUUUGCUGGUCAUAAAACGAUGCUCAUCAAUCCCACCUAAAGUGGAAGGUAAGGAGUUCAGCCUUUUGUGGCAACGAGGAGUGCAACUGCCCUCCAGUUCUGCCCCCAAGACAAAAGACGACUCCUGGAAGCCAAGCAAGGUUUAAGUCUUUCUGGACAGAGAGCGGUGCCUGGUGAGGAGCUAGGGCAUUGGCCAGCAGAGCGGGUCACAGGGGAGGAGGAAAGGAGUCAGGGCCAGGAUGGGCUUGCUGAAGGGUCUUCUCCAAGCAAGGAAUCUGCUGCUGGUCAUCUGCGUGCCCCUGCUGCUGCUGCCUCUGCCCACCCUCUACCCCAGCAGCGAGGCCGCGUGUGCUUACGUGCUGAUAGUGACUGCCGUGUACUGGGUGUCAGAAGCCGUGCCUCUCGGAGCUGCAGCCCUCGUGCCUGCCUUCCUCUACCCGUUCUUUGGAGUCCUUCGAUCCAGUGAGGUGGCAGCUGAAUACUUCAAGAACACCACGCUGCUGCUCGUGGGGGUCAUCUGCGUGGCUGCGGCCGUGGAGAAGUGGAACCUGCACAAGCGCAUCGCUCUGCGCAUGGUCCUCAUGGCCGGAGCCAAGCCGGGCAUGCUGCUGCUCUGCUUCAUGUGCUGCACAACACUGCUGUCCAUGUGGCUCUCCAACACGUCCACCACCGCCAUGGUGAUGCCCAUCGUGGAAGCCGUGCUGCAGGAGCUGGUCAGUGCUGAGGAGGAGCAGCUCAUGGCGGCCAAUGCCAGCUCCGAAGAGGCCGAGCCCAUCAGCCUGGAUGUCAACAACAGCCAGCCUUCUCUGGAACUCAUCUUUGUCAAUGAAGACAGGUCAACUGCAGACUUCACUUCUCUGAUGCAUGACAAGAACAUGAAUGGAAUGCCCACGAUCACCACCCCCAUCAAAACAGCAAACCAACACCAGGGCAAGAAGCAACACCUGCCCCAGGAAAAACCAUUAGUCCUGCCCACCAGUCCCAGGAACCAGGAGCUGAACCGAAAGUACAAGUCCCAGCACGACCAAAUGAUCUGCAAGUGCCUCUCGCUGAGCAUAUCUUACGCUGCGACCAUCGGCGGCCUGACCACCAUCAUCGGGACCUCCACCAGCCUCAUUUUCCUGGAGCACUUCAACAACCAGUACCCAGCCGCAGAGGUGGUGAACUUUGGCACCUGGUUCCUCUUCAGCUUCCCCAUAUCGCUCAUCAUGCUGGUGGUCAGCUGGUUCUGGAUGCAUUGGCUGUUCCUGGGCUGCAAUUUUAGAGAGACCUGCUCUCUGAGCAAGAAGAAGAAGACCAAAAGGGAAGAAUUGUCAGAGAAGAGGAUCCAAGAGGAAUAUGAAAAGCUGGGAGAUAUUAGCUACCCUGAAAUGGUGACUGGAUUUUUCUUCAUCCUGAUGACCGUGCUAUGGUUUACCCGGGAGCCUGGCUUUGUCCCUGGCUGGGAUUCUUUCUUUGAAAAGAAAGGCUACCGCACUGAUGCCACAGUCUCUGUCUUCCUCGGCUUCCUCCUCUUCCUCAUUCCAGCAAAGAAGCCCUGCUUUGGGAAAAAGAGUGAUGGGGGCAACCAGGAACCCUGUCUGAGGACAGAGCCCAUCAUCACUUGGAAGGACUUCCAGAAGACCAUGCCCUGGGAGAUCGUCAUUCUGGUGGGAGGAGGCUAUGCUCUGGCUUCUGGUAGCAAGAGCUCUGGCCUCUCUACAUGGAUUGGGAACCAGAUGUUGUCCCUGAGCAGCCUCCCUCCAUGGGCUGUCACCCUGCUGGCAUGCAUCCUGGUGUCCAUUGUCACAGAGUUUGUGAGCAACCCUGCCACCAUCACCAUCUUCCAGCCCAUCUUGUGCAGCCUGUCUGAAACGCUGCACAUUAACCCACUCUACACCCUGAUCCCAGUCACCAUGUGCAUCUCAUUUGCAGUGAUGCUGCCUGUGGGCAAUCCUCCCAACGCCAUCGUCUUCAGCUACGGGCACUGCCAGAUCAAAGAUAUGGUGAAAGCUGGCCUGGGGGUCAAUGUCAUUGGCCUGGUGAUUGUGAUGGUGGCCAUCAACACCUGGGGAGUGAGCCUCUUCCAGCUGGACACUUUUCCGGCCUGGGCUAAGGUCAGUAACAUCACUGAUCAGGCCUAACACAAGUGGACAGACUGACCCAA